AUGGUGGGGAAGAUUUGGAGCAACAAAACUGUGACAGAGUCGGGUUACUUUGAAAAGAUCACGUUCGAAAGUCUUGAGGAUGACAUGGGAAGGACUCUGAUUCCAGGCGCGAAGUAUGAGUACACGAAAAUCAACACCGUAAACAAGUUGUGCCCGAAAAAGGAGACUGCUCGUGGCAAGACUAAUGUGUACGCGGAUCCGUUUUCUUAUGAAAUGAGAUUUGAUGUGUCAGCUAAGAAUUCUGAAGGACAAGUUGCAUGGGGCAGUUCUGUCCCGAUUUCUGUUGGGGAUCAAUUUUAUCAGGCGUAUCAGUAUUCGAUUGCAAGCGCUGAAGAUGAAGAUGAAUCUACAGCUCCUGAGAGAUACAGCUUCAACCACAGCAAAGCGUACAAUAUUAGCUACAAAAUAAGCAUCAACCGGCUAUCUGAUGCAAAGUUUGGAAAUCAAUCAGUUUUAAACGAAAUGCAAAUCUUUGCCGAAGGGAUCUAUGAUGAAACCGAAGGCAGCCUGUGCAUGGUAGGCUGCAGAAAACUGGCCUCAAAGGGUCAGCAGCCAACAAAUGACUCUGUAGAUUGCGAGAUUGCUGUCAACUUUCAGUUCCCUACAACAAACCCAACCAAGAGUUCGGGUCUCAUCAAGGGCAGCGUAAAAAGCACACGAAAAAAGUCCGACCCUCUUCAUUUUGAAACUUGGGAUUUAACCUCAGCUUCCUUUACCCUCGGCGAAGAAAGGCUGUCCAUUUGGAGGAUGGAUGUGGAGAUCAUAUUGGUUCUUAUAUCCACCACGCUGGCGUGCUUCUUUGUGGCGCGACAACUCUUCCAUGUGAAAAAGUAUCCAGAUGUUAUUCCCUCCAUUUCCAUUUUCAUGCUACUAAUUCUAACUCUUGGCUACAUGAUACCCCUUAUGCUAAACUUUGAAGCCAUGUUCACAAAUAGCACCAACCGCCAAAAUGUGCUCCUUGGAACCGGAGGAUGGCUUAAAGUUAAUGAGGUAAUUGUGAGGGUGAUAACAAUGGUAGCGCUCUUGCUGCAAAUCCGUCUUCUGCAGCUAACUUGGUCAGCAAGAUCAAAAAAUGGAAAUCGCAAUGAGCUCUGGCUCAUGGAGAAGAAGACUCUCUUUGUUGCCUUACUACUAUAUGUUGCAGGGGCUUUCGCCAUUUUGCUUCUGCAUAAACAGAUUUGGAAGAAGAGCAACUACGCCGAGCACUCAAUUUUCAGCAUUGCCUUCAAAUCUUACUCCGGUUUGGUUAUGGACGGUUUUUUGAUGCCUCAAAUUGUGCUCAAUAUGUUCUGCAAGUCAAAAGAAAAUGCUCUAUCCAUUUGGUUCUACGUAGGAACAACUUUUGUUCGAGCGCUGCCACAUGCAUACGAUCUUUACAGAGCUCACAACUUUGCUCAUCCCCAAUUCAACGAGUUGUACCAAUAUGCAAGCCCUGCAGCAGAUUUUUACUCCACUUCUUGGGAUGUCAUAAUUCCUUUUGGGGGUUUAGUGUUUGCUGGUAUCAUUUUCUUGCAGCAGAAGUUUGGGGGUCGUUGCUUUCUCCCCAAAAAGUUGAUAGAGUUGGGUGAAUAUGAGAAGGUCCCUACUAUUACCGAAGGGUAA